AUGAAUCGCAGCAGCACGGAGGCCGUAGGCCCCUAUAUGUACACUGAGAGGCAGCAGGCCUUUAGCAGCAGCAGCAGCAGCAGCAGCAGCAGCAGCGGGCUGCACCACGGAGGAGCCCCUCAGCACCGGCGUAUGCCUCGCUCUGUCUUCCAGCACCAGCAGCAGCAGCAGCAUGAAGAUUUGCUGCAGCAGCAGCACCAUCUGUAUGAAGGUGGUUUGUCUAGCAAACGGAGCAGCAGAGCAACCGAAGCGGAGGCGUUUCUGCACGAAGAAGCAGCAGCAAGAGCAGCAGCAGCAGCAGCAGGAGAUAUAACAACUCCUGCGAACCUUACGACAGCAACCAAUUUAUCUGAAGAUGACGCAUCAGAUAUAUCGGAUGCAGUUGGGGGCCUCGUCUACAGCAACUCACAGCAGCGCGGCAUGCAGCAGCAGCAGCAGCAGCAGCUUGUGUCUCCUGAUGGACACUCAGCAUCCGUGUCUCGGCUAACUCGAAUAACAGCACGACGCGAGGAUGUCAAUGCCGAGGAUUUGGCUGUGUUGCUGCGGAGACAGCUGCUGGGGUGUCUCCUUCAUAAAAAGAAAGCAGCAGCAGGAGCUGCUGCUGCCGUGCUGCUGCUGCUCGCUGCAGCUGCUGCAGUGUUGCUGCUCCUCGCAGCAGCAGGCCUAGGAUUUCACAGCCAAACCCCAACGGAGCCUCCCGCCUCAGUUGUCCCAGAAGCCACUACGCCGGCCCCGGAGUCUUCCCCUGAGCUCGCUGCACUUAGGCGGGAGUUGGCUGCGCAGCGCGUUGCAAUGCAGCAGCAGCAGCAGCAGCACGAGCAGCAACAGCAUCUGCUGCAGCAGCAGCUUGAACAGUUAUUGCAGCAGCAAAAGCAACAGCAGCAGCAGCAACAGCUAGUUGCCGCUGAUCCAGAUGUAGCAGCCGCAGCAGCAGCAGCGGCAGCAGCAGCAGCAGCAGCAGAACGAGAGGCAUUAGCUGAAGAAGUGGCAGCAGCAAAGCAACACGUCGCUGAGCUUGAGGCGAAGAACGAUGGCUUCUGGGAGCAGCUGCAGCAACUGCAGCAGCAGCUGCAGCAGCAGCAGCAGCAGCUAGGCACGAUCGGUGCUGCAGGCUCUCAGCCGCUGCCAGCGGGGCUGCGACAGAAGAUAGAAGAAGUGCAUGCGAGGCUAGCAGCAGAAGAAGAGACAGAUGUUGACUGGGCGCUGGAGUCUGUUGGCGCUCGCAUUAUUCAUUCGGAGACAUCUCCGCCGCUAAUCCCAGCGGGGACUGUAUGGGGAGGUUUACAGCAGCAGUUGCUGCAGCUGUUGGGUGUGCAGCAGCAGCAGCAGCCAGCAGCAGCAGCAGCAUUGCUGCACCGCCCUGCGGAGACAGUGCUGAGGCCUGAGCGACUACCAGGCAACUGCUAUGCUUUUAAAGGCCCCACAGGAAGAAUUGCUGUUUUGCUGCCAGCAGCAGUGUAUGUACAGUCCGUAGCUGUAGACGACAUGGUGUCUGUCUUGAGCCGUGAUACAGCACCAAAGAGAAUGCGAGUGUGGGGCUAUCCUGAUAAAAAUAGGCUUUAUGCUCCUUCUCAUCUUAGCAGCAGCAGCAGCAGCAGCAGCAGCAGCAGCAGCAACAGCAGCAACAGCAGCAGUACGAGCUUACAGGAACUACCCCUUUCAGAGAGCAGCAGCGGCAGCAGCUGGCUGGGAUCAGUGCUGUCUAUACAGCCCAGCAGCAAGCCAGCAGCAGCAGGAGCAGCAGCAGGUGCGUUGCUGCUGGGGGAGUUCGUGCUGGAGCGAGGCAGCAAAAGCUGCCGCUUCGAAGUGCAGCAGCAGCAGCAGCAGCAGCCUCUAAAGAAAAUUGUAUUUGAAUUCCUAGAGAACUUCGGUAACAGCAAAUAUACCUGCAUCUACAGAUUAAGGGUUCAUGGCAGCAAGGCUGUGCUGCUCAGCAGCAGCAGCAGCAGCAGCAGGAAGAGCAGCACCAGCAGCUGA